CUGAGUUCUUUACGUAGAGCAGAACAAGUUCAUGCAGUCCCGUUGCUGAGGUCACAGCAAACGUGGGAUAUCACAAUGUCAAAGUCAGAUCCCCCUCCAAGUUAUGAAGAGUCAAGAGAGCAGCAGCAUGGAAACUAUCCGUUCCCUCCCUGCGGAUAUCCUGCCCAGCCAGGGGUGUACACGGGCCCGGGACAGCCUGGCAUACACCCUCAGGCAGGGCUUUGGCAGGGCCGUGGAUACUGCCCUUCAGCAAUGCCAUCUAUGAUGCCGUCCUUUAUAACACCAGGGAUAUUUUCCUCCAACCUAUCAGAUGCAGAGGGCAUUUCAGCAACUGGCGUAUGGGACAGCAUGAGUGUUCGACAUGCCUUCAUUAGAAAGGUUUACCUUAUUUUAGCCGUCCAGCUGUUAAUCACUACUUCAAUCAUUGCGGUGUUCACGUUUGUGUGAGUACAACAAAUCCACAAAACAACUGAACUUUUAUGAACUGAAUGUAAUACACUAUACAUACUAAUGUAAUGAAAUGGGUGUUUACAUAAA